GCUGUGUCUGAGUCAAGGAACAACAAAAACAUGUCUGAGUGCUACAGGCUGAAGUGUUAACUAGCGACCGACACCUGCAGUCACAUCGUCAAGUCGUCGAUUCGACUGACUGCUAUAUGAUUCCCGUCGUGUUAACGGCCGAAAACCCAGAAAGAUGCCGCAGAAAGCACUGGGAUCCAUUGUAGGUCUUCUUUGUACCGGGACUUGUCUGGUGCAGGGGAAGGAGUUCUGUUUUGGGGUAAACAACGAACAGUACCGCUGUGAGAUGGGGUACUGCUGUGGAGAGACGGAGUGUUGCACCUACUACUAUGAGCUCUGGUGGUUUUGGUUAGUAUGGACCCUGAUCAUUAUGCUGAGUUGCUGCUGUGCCUACCGACACCGGAGGGUUAAGAUGCGCUUGCAGCAGGAGCAGCGUCAACGUGAGAUCAGCCUCAUGGCCUACCAAGGGGCCUCUAGCUCCUUCAUUUCCCCUCCACCACUCAAUCUAAGGUUCUGGAACGACUGCAAACUUCCUGACUAUGAAGAGGUAGUAGGCCACCCCCCAACACCACCCCCCCCUUAUUCUGAAAACCCUCCUGAGACUGUUCCAGCACUCCCUCCACAACUGCGCCAGCCAGAUGGCGCCUCAGCGCCACAACCCCUUGCCGAGGCGGACCCGGGGAUGAGCAGAGAGGCCCUGGCCUCAUCACCAGAACAGGAAGCGGUGUUGAUGCCGGUCCAAGCGCAGUGUCUGGAGGAGGAGAACGUGGAGGCUUCGCUGAUGGCAGCGGAGGAGGACGAGGAACUCGUCACUCGGCGCCGGCACGUGACUGGCGACUCUGGGAUUGAGGUUUGCGUCUGCCAGUUGGAUGUAGAUGAGGGCUCAGGGCUUGAGGAGGAGAGUGAUGAGGAGCACAGGAUGUGUAAGGUCACCAGCGGGGACUGCUGCUCCGGAAGCCAGCAGCAACCCUUCAAUCAGAAGGAGCAUGCAUCUGAAUUGACCAGCCAGACCGCCAGCACCAGCACUGGAGACCACAUGGUGUGAUCCACAGCGUAACUAACCAGCCAAUCAGUGUGGCUUUCACUCAUGAUAUGAGAUAACUGUUGCCAUCAUCAUCGACCACAGGCACUGUCUGUGUUUUAAUUCUUUGAACUAACACAUAGGCAUGACGUUAAGAUGAUGAUGAUAACUAAUCUUUAACGGCUCCCGAUUAGGAAUGAUGAACAACACAUUAUGUGGACAAACUCCUGGCUUAAUCUGUUUUUGCUUUGCCUUUCCUUAGUGGGGAAACCAGCAAACACAUGUUGAUGCUCCAUUUGGUAUGUUUUUUUUCUUAGUUUUAAGUGAGAGAACGUCACUGGCUAGCAAGAAAGCAGCAAUUGAUUGUGACAGAAAUCAGAAUUGACUGUUCGCCUUGGUCCUACCCUCUCCUUCAGCACUGCCAUCAUGUUUCCGUUUCUGUCUCGCUGCUCUCCUUGGUCAAAACAUUUCCGGUGGGAUGUCGGUUAGGAGCAUACCAACACGGUCAACAACAUUUCUCCCCCUGUCCCCACGCUACAGCUAAGCAGAGAAGUCAUAAACAACCCUCUUGAAAACUUAAGCUGUUACUGGAUGAAUUGACCAGAGCACACAUUUUGUUUUUUUUCCCCCAAAGCUGUGUGUGUUUAAGAGAGUGCUGUGAAAUCUAGGGAACAGCUGCAUGGUGAUGUCAGCUCUGAGGUCAUGGUAACCAGCGUCUCUUGUCCUCUGGUCUGUGGGAUGUUUAAGCAUCUUGAUUGGGGGGUAAACUAUCAGACUAAACACCCAUAAAUAGCAGAGGCAGCUUCAGAAAAGAGCUGGGGGGUUUUUGUUUGGCCUCUGGGUUUUAAAUGUUGUACAACCCCCCCCCUUGAUAUCCAGACUGUGGUCUCCACAGCUCUGUGGUCACCAAUUAGCAUGACUGUGGGUAAGGAGUGAUCAGCUUUUUAUGACUUAUUGAUUGUGUGCAUGUUAUCUCCCCACUUCAGUUUCUGACUGCAUUUAAUUGUCAGUAAAUGCCAAGAGGGCUAUGCCACCGACAUUUUUUAACCAAUAAAAAGCCUUGUGGUGGCUCUAUGUUAGCGUUAUGAGUGAGUGUAUUGCUCAGUAUAUAGUUUUGAUGUUAAUAGCGAUGGAUGUACUCGCUUUUGUUUUUUCAUUUCAUAACCAGCUGUGCUUCAGUAAAUGCCACAGGUAUCACCAUUAAUUGCAACAAAGCUCCUGACGGGGGCUGCUAGACUGCGUACAAAUGAGUGGGUGUUUUAGUGCAGUAGGGAAGGGUUGUGUGUGUGUAUAUGUUUAAAGUGCUGUAGUACCUGGUUUUAAUACGUACUCAGCGCUGAGGUGGAUUAACAAAUGAAAGCACUGGGUUUUUUUUUUUUGCAUGAGGCAUGAAUUUCUGUGUUUUAUAUUUGAGUUAAUUAGCAAUUUCUAGUGGUUGUGCAGCUAGCUUUGCUCAUCUGUUUGUCAAAAAGAUAGUGGGCUACAGAGGCUACACAACUCCGUACCCAGAUGCUGGGGUAAAGAAAUAGACUGGAGUUGACCAGUUGGAUCUAGUUCAUUAUGUGAGCUGUGCUAUGCUGUUACGCAGCACUGUUAGCUAGCUAGCUGGUGCUGUCUUGGCUCUCUGUGGCCCCUGUAGCUCUUGGCAGUGUGAGGGAUUUGCAGUGGUAUUUUCCAUUGGCAGCAGAGAGCGGGCGCAUGAGACAGUCGAGGUGGAUGCAGGCUCUGCUCUGCGGUCCUAGUCAGUGAUGGCACAGCUGCAGAAUCUAUUGUGAUUAACUGCAUGCUGCUCUGCCUUGCAUGUUGCUUGCCCAGUAAUACUGUACAGUAUGUAUUCAAAGCACAGCAGUUGAGCUGGGCGUUGUCUGAUAGGAAAACAACCACAAAACAAAAACCGUUAUUUGUUAAAAGGUUAAAGUCUGUGCAAGACAAGCAGUAACUGAUAAGUCAGUAAAUGUGUCAUUGAGAAUUUAGUUUGGAACAAUGUUAAACAACUUUUUUUUUUUUUGCCAUUUGUCUGCUCUGAUAUUGUGUGACAAAAUGGGCACAGUGUAGAGACUCUGUUCGGUCAUUCUGCUUCACAUAAGCACACGCUCACAAAGUACUGCUCCUGAUUGGCCUUUGAUGUGAAACUCCAGGGUGGAAUAUUCUGUGAUGUAGAAAAAUUAAUCAAAAGUAUAAAUGCCCUAAACUGUCUCCACGCUGGGUUCUGCGCAUAAAUGUGUGUCAUUUUGGGACCCAUGCAGCCUAUGAAAAUGUUUCCUCUUUCCACCAACUAGCAGCAGCCCAGAGCUCUGUUCUGGUUGUGGUUGUGUUUCUUGUUUCUGUGCUCUACCACCUGAGAUAGAACACUUAAUGUUGUGGCUGAAAUGUGGGGAAACCAUACAAGGGGGCCAGCGCACCGAGUAUGUGAACUCAAGAGAGUGUAACAAAAUGAACACACAGCUGCGCGAGGCUUAAAUUGAAAGACGAUUGCUGUCAGCCACUUCUGCAGUGCUAGUGUUUGCAGUCUUUGUGUCGUCUAGUUGAGCAUGUGUGUAAAUAUGAAGCUAUACUAACGUGACAAUGACCUUUUGAGAGGAGCUGUUAAACUAGUCCAUUAGCAUAAGUAAUUUAAGACAUUUUUUGACCAACACACCUCAAGCUGCCUUGCUGCAUCUCUAGAGAGCAAAUGUCUUGAUUAUGGAGCUGCACAAUAAAAUAUAGCCUCUGUAUGCAGAAACAGAUGCGCUACUGCCUUAUUAGAGUAGAUGUAGUGAAGUGGGUUUGUCCUGGAUUUCUUUUUGAAUGGUAGUAUUUGUGUUGUUCCAAGCAUGACUGCUUCAGAGCAGGGAAGCACUUUUGUAUCAACAGAAAAUUGCGUCUGAUCUUGUUCUGAGAAAGUGCACUCGAAAAGGAUGUGGUUUAUAAACAUUUCAAAGCCACAAGAUUUAAACUGUCACAUGCUCUGUAGAGUUGUACUUAACAUUGAUUUUGUAUCUGAGGGGUGGUUGUGUUGAAUUUAAAAUAAUACUGUGUGUGUAGUUAGUUGUGGCACUGAUGGAAUUCGUCAAGACCAGAUUGUUGAGUUUGUGCUCACUCCUUUUGUUCCAUGGAUCUGGUUGCAAUUAGUUUGUGAAAUUAACUGACUUGAAAGCAUGAGGAAAAUAAGAAAGAAAAAAAAAUCUGAUUUUAGUUUUCUGUGGUCUCGUUGUGAUUCAUCCUAUCUGUGUUUGGAGGACAAAAAUAAACUCCAGUGAGAAAUUGCUUUGUAACCUUUUUGCUAAGGUGCAGCUUUGCUUAUUUGUAUACGUGUGUGGACAAAAUAACAGAGGACACGGAUGAGGAACGAAGAGGGAAGGGUAGUUCUGUUUUGUUUUUUUGCAUGAGUGAACUGGACGUCCAUAGUUUUCCUAUUGCCAAACAACAACUACGCCUCCCUGGUUUUCACAUGUUUACGGAGAUUAAGGGCUAUAUCAGUCAUCAACUGUGGACAAACAUCCAUCUAUUUCAUUGAGUGAUUCGUCUGCUCUGUGCUGUUCAUUCAUUUCAAGCCACAGUUGCCAAGAUCCACCAUCUGAACGUGGUUAUUGUUUUGGAUGUGGGCGUCCUUUUAACGUUGAGGCGGUGCUCAUAUUUAAUAAUAGCUGAUUGUAAAUGACUGUAUGUUUGUUUUAUAGGCUCUAACUUUGCCUUUUUGGGUUUUUGUUCACGUCAGCUGAGGUGCGUGAGGCAACGUCCCCCCCCAUCUACCCCACUCCCCGUCCAAAGAGAACGAUUCUUCCUUAUGUAACUAGUUGCAUGUGUGGUUGUGACAGGAGUGUCUUUUUUUUUUUUGCUCCAUCUCUGUGGACCGUGACUCCACCCUCUCUCCGCUGGGCUCUGUCUUGGUAACAGAAAGUGUAGCCAAUGCUGUAGCUGUUUUAUUUUGCUCAGCUGCGGCUCUGCGUGUGGACCCUUGGAAACGGGAGGGCACGUCCACCCAUGCAAGAGCGCACACAGAAUAAUCUACCAAAGUCGCUGCCAUCUCUGCGUGCUACACGGAUCAUUGCUGUUGUCACCACUCCCUGCGUGCGUGUGUGUGUUUGUGUGGUUGUUGGCAUGACAAUGGUCUGUUUGGUUUCCCACUCUCAGGGUCAUCUUUAAACGAGCAGUGCUAGAGUUUUAAAUUAACAAAUUUUUGACCCACCAGUCUCAUAAAGCCAAAGCCGUUGUUUCAUGGUUACUGUCGGUCUUUAUUUCAGCAUCACGCAUCUCAGUAGUUUAUUGUACUUUACUCUACUAGGCUAUGCAAAAACAUAAACCUACUGUUACAUGCUGCGACCCCUUUCUCAUUUUCUCUUUCAUUUAAAUGUGGGCACCAGUACAAGCAAUAUAACUCUCAGCACUGUACUGUAAUUUACCUUGGUUGGUCUGUGUACAUGUAAAAAAAAACUUGUAAAAAAAUGUACUUGUAAUGCUACUUCAAUGAUGAUGUGAGUAUGUAUGCUUCAGUGUAAGCUGAGGGGCUUUGAGUUAAAAAGCCAUUCUAGUUUAUAUGUUCUUUUCCCUCUUUUCGGCUUUAUCCCGUUUGGCUCCUCAACCACUCACACUUUCUUCUUCUGAUUUAUGGAUUAAACCACAUUAUUAAGUUGUAUAAGCCGAUGGAAAAAGUUGAAUAUAUUGUUUUUGUUGGAUGAAUUCUUUUGGUAUCUUUGGUCUUUGUAACUUUAUCAUCCCUUUGUAGAUUUUUUUUUGUUGUUGCACUAAUUCAGUGUGUCGAGUUUUCUCAGUUAAAACAACUUUUCCUCUUUUUCCAUCUUCAUGAAUUUUUCACUGACUGAGUACUUAACUGUUGCCUUUUAAUCCACAGUUAUUAUGACACCAUCGAUUUCUAAAUUUUUAUAUAUUAUGCAUAUGACAGACCUCAACAUGGAACACAGUCAGCUUACAUUUAGACCAGCAUAUUUAGGCUCGAGGAAUGACUUUGAACUUGUGAAAGAAAAAAAUAUCCCUAUUAUCACAAUGUGAUUGUUUCUGUCAGGAAACCAGGAAACUGUACUUUUGUCUCAACCAUACAUAAUACCAAACAGAUGGAGGUGCCGUGGUUGAGCUAUGUGGACUUUUUUUUUUGCCAAAAUGAGAAACACCCUAGUUUGAGAAGGAAGCAGGCAUCUACAAACACACACCAGACUCUUUCUACAUUGUUUUCCUAAUAACUAUAAACAAGCCAAAAUGAGUAAAGUGGAAAAAGAAAAAAAACUUUAAGGCACUGAAUUACAGAUUUAAAAAAUGCUUUGGUUUUAGUAAAAAGUCUGCUGUGUACUCUUUGGGUCAUCAUUUGUAUUUUAUUUUUUUAAUAAAACAAACAGUGGCACUCAA